AGGCAUACAGCCUACUUCAUUCCUGCAAUUUCGCAGCAAGUAUACUCAUACCAGAACAUUCAAGGCAAAGAAAAAUGGUCUCAACUACAAGCUAACCCAAAUAGAAAUUGUGGUCUUGCAGUUGUUGAUGGUGUUCUCACUAGUGUAGGUGGUUGGAACAUGAUGGUCCCACUAACGCACUGUUUAGUCUCAGAAAGGAUGGGGACAGGAAAAAUGGUUAGGAAUCUUCCCUCCCAUGCCAACACCACGUGAGAGUGCAGUUUGUGUUAUUACUGAGCAGGGCUUUAGUUGUGGCUGGAGGUUGGGUAGCAGGUGAUAUUACAGACAAUGUGGA